CGAUGCGUCUGCGGUCCGAGAGGGGCCUGCCCUCCUCCGGGGCUGGGCUCUGCUCCCCGGUGUGCCUCGACCUUGAUUUUGAUCUAGAUCUGAAGAAUCCGGGGAUCUUGAGAGGCUUAGCUACCGGGGGGAAGGCACAGGUUUUGUUCCGAGGGUUUAUUCGAUGGACUUGGAGGCGGCAGCAUCUGCAGACGCUGCGUGUAUUCUGCAACGGCUGCUGGAUUCCGCCAGAUUUGUGUUGGUUCUUCCCGAACCCCCACCCCCCAAAACAAGCGCCUUUGGAAAGCCAAUCUAUGUGCUUCUAUUUUUAGAAACUAGAUGAUGGACAUUUAAACAACUCCCUGAGCUCGCCAGUUCAAGCCGACGUGUACUUCCCAAGACUGAUAGUUCCAUUUUGUGGGCAUAUUAAAGGUGGCAUGAGACCAGGCAAGAAGGUGUUAGUGAUGGGCAUCGUUGACCUCAACCCGGAGAGCUUUGCCAUCAGCUUGACCUGUGGUGACUCGGAAGAUCCUCCGGCUGAUGUGGCAAUUGAACUCAAAGCUGUGUUCACAGACCGGCAGCUACUCAGAAAUUCUUGUAUAUCUGGUGAAAGGGGUGAAGAACAGUCAGCAAUCCCUUACUUUCCAUUCAUCCCAGACCAGCCAUUCAGGGUGGAAAUUCUCUGUGAGCACCCACGUUUCAGAGUGUUUGUGGAUGGACAUCAACUUUUUGAUUUUUACCACCGCGUUCAAACGUUAUCUGCAAUUGACACCAUAAAGAUAAACGGGGACCUCCAGAUCACUAAGCUUGGCUGAUGUUUAAACCACCUCCAUUUCAAAUAGGAUCAGGUGCCACAACUCUCUGACUGUUGGUCUGGAAGCAGUGUCUUAACAACAUCUGGAGACUUAAAAAGAGAACAAAAACAAAAGGCAGACUUCACUGUCUCUUCUUUGCAGUUUAAACCCAAAAUGACAACUUCAGCCAAGGUUUGCCCUUAGGAAGCUGUUGGAACAAAGACACCGAGCCAUUAUUCCCAGAACAAAGUAAUACAUUUAUGCUGGAUUUUAUUCAGACUAAACUGAAAUGGAUUUGUGAUGAUUUGUGAUUUGGUUGCAAGUUAUUCAUCUUUUCAAAGCAAGGUGAUGUUUAGAAACACAAGUGCUAAAGACUUAAAAUAACAACAACAAAAACUGUACACCGAAAUCAACUCAUUUCUGCACUGAAGUGGAAUUGCGUAGCACAACCAACCUUUUAGUCAGGGUAUUAACAUAGAAUGUAGGUUCAAGGUUUGUGUGGUUGUUUUUUGGGCUUUUGGGUUUUUUUUGCACAGCAUAAUGUUAAUUCAGAUUUUUAAAGCUUUCUCAUAUUUAUUUAUACUCAACAUAUGUAUUAGAAAAUGAUUAAUAUCUGAAGAACAAGUUAGGAACUUUUGAAUGUACAAAUAUCUUAGGUCCAACGGGGGAAAGAUACAUAUUACAAUCAUGAAA